GUUUAGAGUUUCCAUAACUACACGUUGUAAAUACAUGUCUGCUGCUUGUUUAUGCAUUAACUGUUUCUAGUACUUUACAACAAAAUAUCAACAUGCCUGGCAGCGCAAUAUCAGCUGUUGGGAGCCAUUCUUCGGCCUCCUCAGCAUCAAGACGUGCAAAAACAAAGAAUUACAGAGUAGUUAGCAACACAUCACAAGUCGAUGAAAAUUUAUUUGGAAAACCAACCCAUGUUGAGAAAAGACAAGAGAUGUUAGAACAGAAAUGGACAAAUGAUGAUCUAUCAAUCGAACAGCUAGCCAGGGAUAGAAGUGCAAAACGUAAAAGUAAAGGAAAGAAAAACAAAAACAAAGAAACAGUCCAAGUCAUCACAAAAGAUUUGAUUAGAAAUUUAAUAGUUCCAACAGAAGAUCCAUCAGGACAGAGUAUUGUACUACCAAGAUAUGAAUUUCAUAGAAUUGUUAACUGUGCUCAAACCUUAACCAAAGAACAAAGGUUGGCACAACUUGAACAAAUCAAGAGAGAGAAAGAGGCAGCUAUGGAAGCUAGUCAACAACGUAAAGCUUUAUUCAAGCAGCUUGACAUGGACAGGAGGAAAAAUGAAAAACUGAAUGACCUUGAAGAAGAGGCAAAAGAAAAUGCCGAACAUUUAUUAUCUAAGGCCAAUGAAAUGAGACAAGAACAAGAAGAUGAAAUUAAACAUCUAAAUGAGCUAAUUUUGAAUGCUAAAUGCCAUGCAAUUAGAGAUGCACAAAUACUAGAAAAGAGGCAGAUUUCAGGUGAAAUGACUGAGGAAGAGAAAAGGUUGGAUGUGAUGAUGGAGGUUGAUCGACAGAAUGCCAUCAAAAUACAAGAAGAAAUUGAGAAACGAAGGAAAGAAGAGAGAUUAAUGGGUGCUGCCAAAUUAUUAGACCAAAUUCAAGAAAAUGAACAAGAGAGACUUUUUGAUCUGGAACGUAAAGACCAGGAAAAUAUUCAGAUGCAGAAAUACAUAGAAAAAAUGAUGGAUGAAGACAGAGUUGGUUUAGAAAAGAAGAAAGUAGAACAGACACAGCUUAGGGAAGAUUUGAACAAGGCUAAUGCAGAUCAAUUGAAACGAAAAGUCAUAAAGCAAGAACAAGAGAAAGUGGAAGAACAGAAAGUAAUCGAGUACAUGAAACAGAAAGCAGAAAGAGAAGCUGCCUAUGAGAAAGAACAGGAAAGGAUCAGAGUGGAAAAAGAAAGGGAAACUGCAAGAUUACGAGCCAUGCAAGAAAGAGCACGGGAUGAGCAAGCAGAACGGGAUGCUCUCAGAGCUAAACGUGCACAAGAAAAGACAGAAAGAGAGUGGCGUAAAAAAGAAGCAGAGGAAACAAAGAAGAAGGCAGUAACAGAAGCUAUGUUGAUCCAGGCCAGAUCCAAUCAGAUGUCACAGAAAGAACAUUUCAUGGCAGUUCAAGCCCAGAGGGAAAGAGCUGAAUUUGAAAGGGUUCUUAGGGCACAAAAAGAAUUGGUUGAAAAAGAACGACGGGAAGAACAAGAGGCCACUAAGAAGCGUCAUACUCAUGCUGAUGAUGUCAGAACCCAGAUUCGCCAGAAAGAGGCUCUUAGGGUAAUGGAAAGAAACCAGUUCUUCGAAGAAGGAGUCAAGCUUGACGAGGAGGCAAGACAUCGUAGACUGAAACUGGAAGAUGUUAAAAAGAAGAAAUUGAAUGAAUUAAGAGCUGCUGGAAUACCGGAGAGAUAUGUAUCGCACGUUGCACACAAAGUCAAUGUGGUUACAACUGCAUAAAUGCUGGAAUACCCGAGAAGUAUUUGGCUCAAGUGGAAAGAAAAAUAGCCCAGCCUCAACACAUCAGUACAUAAUCAUAAAAUGACACAAAAAACAUUGACUUGUUCAAGUAUGGAGGGAAUAUAACCUCAUUUGUUGAAAGAAAGAAAAUAAUGGAAUUUUACAUCAUCUGAUCUGAAAGAGAUUUUCACAUAUCUUAUUUUAUGAAACACAAAUUGAAAAUUUGUAUAUUAUAUGUCUUAUUUUUAAAUUUCUUGAUAAUUUUAUACAGGAAAGAGGAUUUAAUUUUUGAUUUUAAUAUUACAGCUUUUAUUUCAUAAAAUCAUGGAUUAAAGGAUAAAUAUUUGAAAUUUAAAAUGCAGAAAUUUUAGAAAAUUGUUUUUUUUGUUUCAUGAUUUAUUACAAUUACAUGUAUGUAUAUGUAUGUAAAAAUGUUUAGUUUAUUAAUUUACACUUUUUAUGGUACUUUUCACUGGUUCCUUUGGCCAUUCAAAUCAAAUAUUUUGAUUGGCUGUUGUAUAAAAAAAGACUCUGCUCUUGUGACUAACUAUGGUACUGGAGUUUUUCAUGAAGGAUAAAUAUUUUCUUAGAAUUAUUAAUUCCCAUUAUCAGUGGGUACGUAUUUUCUUUGUUUUAUUAUUAACCAGUAAAAGAAAACUAGAAAACAUUUUAUUUCAGGCUGUUAUUUUUUUAUUUCACAGAAAUAUUAAAUCUUAAAAGAGUAAAUCUCAAAGAAGAAAAAAUAAUGCCCAGAAAUGAUUUUAACAGUAUUUAUUGAAACAAUUGUGAUGUUAUUUUUAUUUUUGUAUGCGAGUCUGUGAUAUUUUAUUAGUAAAUUUAAAUGUAAACUGUCAGAUAUAGUGUAUGUGGUUUAGAAAUAUAAUAUUUAUACAUAUUGUUUCGAAGAAUAAAAAUCAUGCGACUAAUUUUGUGAUAUCUAAGUGCUAACAAUUGUCCCUAAGGAAAAAAAGAUAUUGCAGUAAAUGCACUGAAUUUUUUUCACUGCCAACAUGAUGAAGAGGAUGACUAGCAUGAUUUUUUUAUAUUGAUUUGGGAAUAUCUGUUCUGUAUUCUUUCAGUUGAAAUUAAAAAUCUUUUAAAAAUGA